AUGCAUAUGGAACAUCGAGUUUCUCUUCCUAAUCAUGAUUGGGUCAUCGCUGCAAAGCACAAACUCAUCCCAUCCGUAUACGCAGGUAUCGCAAUCAAACCAGAUGGGCUUGGAAAAUCUGAUGCAGUUUCCUAUUCCGGUCCCACUUAUGUUGCUAUUCGUUCCGGAAAGCAUUCAUCAUCGACAGCGUAUGCUCACGGAUUGGACUUUGAACGACUUUUGUCUCUGCCAGAGUUUGAUUCCAUUACAAAAGAUCCUUUGACCAAGUUGGUCAAGCCAGUAGUUGUCUUCAGUGUUGAUGGUGGACCAGAUGAAAAUCCACGAUACGCUAAAGUCAUCGAAAUUGCAAUACAUCAUUUCCUUACAAAUGAUUUGGAUGCCUUAUUCAUCACGACGAAUGCGCCAGGACGGAGUGCUUUCAAUCGAGCCGAAAGAAGGAUGACUCCACUGAGUAAAGAGUUGGCGGGAUUGAUCUUACCUCAUGAUCAUUAUGGAACUCAUCUAGACUCUAAAGGUAUUCAAAUUCAUUUUUAAUAUCAACUCUUUAUCAAAAUACAAAUGUA